AUCUCUCGGCCACCACACCAAGAACCAGAAGCACACAGCAUAUCGACCAUGCUGUGCAAGAACACCAUGGCCUCCCUUGUCUUCAUUGUAGCACUACUGCUCUCAUGCAGCUCCAUGAGCAGUGCAGCGCGGCACCUAGAAGAGGUUGUGCCGAAGAAGGAGUAUCCACCACAUCCGAUCAUCCCGGAGCUGCCAAAGCCCGAAAUCCCGCCGCACCCUGCCAUGCCCGAGCUGCCGAAGCCUGAACUACCGCACCCUCUCGUGCCCGAAGUGCCACAUCCCGUGGUGCCGGAGACGCCAAAGGAGCCUGAAGUGCCACACCCCGUGGUGCCGGAGACGCCAAAGGAGCCUGAAGUGUCACACCCCGUUGUGCCGGAGGUACCAAAGCAUGAGCUGCCGCCACACCCUGCUAUGCCCGAGCUCCCGAAGCCUGAAUUACCUCAUCCAGCUGUGCCCGAGGUGCCACACCCCAUUGUGCCGGAGACGCCAAAGGAGCCUGAAGUGCCACACCCCAUGGCGCCGGAGGUGCCAAAGCAUGAGCUGCCGCCGCACCCUGCUAUGCCCGAGCCCCCGAAGCCUGAAUUACCUCAUCCAGCUGUGCCCGAGGUGCCAAAGGAACACGAUUUACCACACCAUGUCGUGCCGGAGGUGCCAAAGGAGCCUGAAGUGCCACACCCCGUCAUGCCGGAGGUACCAAAGGAGCACGAGCUGCCGCACCCUGCCAUGCCAGAGUUGCCGAAGCCUGAAAUGCCACACCCUGCCAUGCCAGAGGUGCCAAAGGAACCACAUGUGUCGCACCCCGAGGUGCCGAAAGAGCCCAAGUUACCCCACCCUGAUGUGCCAGAGAUACCAAGGCACGAAAUGCCGCCGUUCCCCAAAGCCGAGCUGCCCCCGAAGCCUGAAUUCCACUUUCAGGAGCCAGAGGCCAAGCCAUGAUCGGACUAGCUACAUCCGCAUAGUGCAUAUACUAUACAUGUGUGUAUGAUUGUUAGAGUAUAUACUAGACAUGUGUGUGUGUUGUGCAUGUUCGUUAGAGCCUGCGCUUCAGUUCCUGACGUACGGGAGUGUUAUGUCUGAGUGUCUAUGCAUAUACCCCGAUGGUGCAGCUGCCCGAUCUGUUCCCUACUUCCCUUUACGUGUCUAUGCAUGAUGUAUGUGAUAUAUACAUGAAUAAAUAUGUUUUCGUA